AUGACGCUGUAUAAACUGAUAAUAGCUGGUGAAUAUCAUUGUCCUCCUUGGCUCUCUCCUGGUGCUAAGAACCUGAUUGUUCGAAUCCUGGAUCCUAACCCUGUGACUCGUAUCACAAUUCCAGAGGUUCUGAAAGAUGCAUGGUUCAAGAAAAAUUACAAGCCAGCUGUUUUCGAGGAGAAGGAAGAAGCGAACUUGGAUGAUGUGGAAGCUGUUUUUAAAGAUUCAGAAGAGCAUCAUGUCAGAGAAAAGAAAGAGGAGCAACCAACUCCUAUGAAUGCCUUUGAGUUGAUAUCAAUGGCGAGAGCUCUGGAUCUUGGAAAUUUGUUUGAAGAAGAACAGGGAUUCAAGCGAGAAACGAGAUUUGCAGCCAAAGGUGCUGCUAAUGAAUUAGUCCAGAAGAUUGAAGAAGCUUCUAAGCCUCUCGGUUUCGAUAUUCAAAAGAAAAACUACAAGAUGAGACUUGAAAACGUGAAUGCUGGAAGGAAGGGAAACCUAAAAGUUGCGACUGAGAUAUUUCAAGUAUCACCAUCACUUCAUAUGAUCGAAGUCCGGAAAACUAAAGGGGAUACAUUAGAAUUUCACAAGUUCUACAAGAAGCUGUCGACCUCACUUAACGAUGUGGUUUGGAAGUCCGGCGAGAGCUCUGGUUUGAGCAAAUAAGGAAAGGACUGGUUCAAAAUAUGUGAUAUGUAUCAUAUAUCCUGCUUUGUCUUUUCUUUUCUGGUACUUUUUUUUUUUUUUUCUUUUCAAGACUCGAUUCUUUUUAAAUAUUAGACACAAAAAAACCAUGAGAUUGACUCUGUACAUAUCGAAGCAUGUGCAGUACAGCAGUAAUGUUUUAUGGUGUUAAUAUAAUUGCGAACAAUUGUGUCAAA